CACCACCACACCUCUCCGAACAUGCGCGUAUAUCUCGCCCCGCUUGCGCUCCUCGCUGCAUCGUCCACCGCCGCCGCGCCCGAGUCGCUCGCCGAGGUGCGCGCCGUUUUGGCCACCAUGCAGCGCGGUAUCCUAUACAGCACUCUGGCCCGCGCUGCGCUGCCGGUGACAGCCGACGCACGCAGCGACGAGGCAGCAGCCGUGAGGAGCGCUUUCCAGCUCAGCGGACUCGACGCGCCUGCGCCCUUUGUCGGCUCGCCGGCGUACCCCUUCAUCUCGGUGGCCCGCACGCCCGCCGUGGCGCAGCGCUGGGGCGACAAUCGCGGCAACAGCACCGGCGUGUCGCUCCUCGACGCCUACUACGACGAGCUCCUCAACGCCACGGCCCGCAGCCCACCAGCGCCGUUCACGAACUCGGCGCCGCUCGCCGCACACGCAUCGGCGCAGCUACUGACGCUUUGCGCUGUCCGAAUCUCCAAAGGCAACGACGUGGCGCUCUCAAAAUUAGCCGCAGCGCCGCGAACCUUCUGUCCCCUCCUCGUCAGCCCGGCGCCCAAUGCAACGGCCAUCCGCGAGGCGCUCACCGUGCCGGCGCAGGAGGCCGCGGUGCUGGCGUCCGUCGGCGCCCAGGCGGCGCUGUGGAGCUCGGCAGCCAAUAUGUCUGCGCCGCUGGAUGCGCCAAGCGUCAAUGCCUCGACGCCGUCGGCUGUCGUGCCCGAGCGUGUGCAGCAGCUGUUCAGCGAUCAUCUUAUCGCGAUCACCACGGAUUAUGAGGUCUACACGCUCCUCGCCCUGGACGACGCCACGCUGGCGGACGCCUGCGCGCAGAUGCUGUAAUGAUGAAUCGCGCCACGACAAGAG